UGUCAUCCGCAGCGGAGGGACUUUCAAUUCUGUAGAAUAUCCGCGCAAUUCAAACAGAUCGAAUACAAAUAUAAACACUCAGAUUAAUUUCUCGUAGAAAAAAAACACACCCAGUUUAACAAUAGUUGGAAUACAUUUGUGCAGAUCUGCUUCCGCGAUGGCGCAGAAGACAAAGAAUACUGUAGCUGCCGCCGCCGUGACGGUUGAGCAAGAGGAAUGCGAUUUCGGACCGUUGUUGAUUGGAAAACUAGAGGGCAAUGGCAUUACGAGCGGAGACAUCAAGAAACUUGCGGAAGCAGGUUACCACACAGUGGAAUCGAUUGCAUUUGCCCCCAAGAAACAUUUAAUAGCAAUCAAAGGAAUUUCCGAAGCCAAAGCAGAUAAAAUACUGCUGGAGGCAACAAAGAUGGUUCCGAUGGGUUUCACCACUGCAACUGAGUAUCACCAGAAACGAUUGGAAAUUAUUCAGUUGACGACGGGCUCGAAGGAACUGGACAAGCUGCUUGGCGGGGGAAUAGAGACUGGAAGUAUCACUGAGCUGUUUGGAGAGUUCCGGACGGGUAAAACACAAAUAUGCCACACUUUGGCCGUCACUUGUCAGCUUCCGAUCAGUCAGAAUGGAGGCGAAGGCAAAUGUUUGUACAUUGAUACGGAAGGGACGUUCCGGCCAGAACGGCUGCUAGGAGUUGCUGAACGCUUUAAUUUGGCCGGAGCAGAUGUACUGGAUAAUGUGGCAUACGCGAGAGCGUAUAAUUCCGAUCACCAGAUGCAGCUGUUGUUACAAGCCGCUGCUAUGAUGGCCGAAUCUCGAUACGCGCUGCUCAUAGUGGACAGUGCAACGGCUCUCUUUCGAACAGAUUACUCCGGUCGAGGGGAACUCAAUGCGCGGCAGGUCAAUCUGGGUAAAUACUUGAGAAUGCUUCUACGGUUGGCGGAUGAGUUUGGUGUGGCGGUGGUCAUCACGAAUCAGGUAGUAGCACAAGUGGACGCUUCGGCGAUGUUCAACCCGGAUCCGAAGAAACCAAUCGGAGGACACAUUAUGGCACAUGCCUCUACGACGCGGUUAUACCUGCGGAAGGGUCGGGGUGAGACGAGAAUCUGUAAAAUUUAUGAUUCGCCCUGUCUGCCGGAGAGCGAGGCCAUGUAUGCGAUCAAUGCGGACGGAAUAGGAGAUGUUAAGGAAUGAGCACUGCUUGAAAACUAGCCUAAACUAUUCUUCCAGUUAUACUCCUUAACGGAGCUUUGUACAGUACAUUUUUUGCAAACCUCAACGGAAGACGACGGUCAGAAAUCUCAUCCGGUCGUUUCCGGAAACUCAGAUUAGGGUUUGUAUAACGAAACUGUGCUUGCCUACAUGAAGCAUUUGAACUUUCACUGAUGAGAAUCAUGAGAAAU